UUGCUCAGUUCACACGUUUGGGUCUUAUUUGUACGAAUUAUUCGCAGUCGGGUUUGUCGAGUAUUUGAUCACAUUUGACUUGAACUUAAUUCCACUUGAAAGAAUGCAGCGUUCAGUGGACAGUCUGACACGGAGACGACCGAAUUGUGACGCGGAUCGAUGUCGUGAUAUCAUCUUUAAUCGCCGUCGCCAUCAAUUGGCGUCAUCGAGGUAGCGGAGUCUCAUUUCUCCACACAUUUGUCCCCCCCUUCCCCUCGCUCCCCCGUUGCCAUCUUCGCUGGGUCUGUGCUAUGAGACGCAACCAUGUAAGCGGAGGGAGCGAGAAUCGAAGACCGAGGAGGAGUGCAAAUAAAGAAAUCGUACCGGUCUCCCGGAUUCCCAGUUUAAGGGAACGCAACACGAGCGCAGCCCACUCGGCGCGCCUGGAUUGUCGCGCAUGCGUACUGAACAUUUCGGGGAUGGGUCUCGCGAGCGAAUCAAGAUGGCGACUCUGGCAAAAGCGCAACCACAGCUAGCGAAGUAGAUGCGCCAAAUCGGCCCCUUGAGCGGCUUUGCUCGCGCCCCAGCGAGCCUUUGCUGAACCAUGACGAUCGGGCGCGUGCUUUGGAAACGCGAUUGAGCGGGAUUUGAAGGAGCGCGGACGACGAUGUGCGAGAGCUAUGGCCGCUCGCUGCUGCGUGUGUCGGUGGCGCAGAUCUGCCAGGCUCUGGGCUGGGACGCCGUUCAGCUAACCGCCUGCGACCUGCUGGCAGAUGUGCUGCAGCGAUACAUCCAGCAGAUGGGCCGAGUCUGCCAUCGGUACUCGGAGCUGUACGGGAGGACAGAUCCUGUCCUGGACGAUGUGAGUCAGGCUUUCCGGCUGCUGGGGGUGAGUCUGAGUGAACUGGACGACUAUGUCAACAACCUGGAGCCCGUGGCCUUCCCCCAACAGUUGCCCACCUUCCCCGUCGGCAAGAACAACGUGCUGCAGUUCCCUCAGCCCGGCGCGCUGCUCGCCGAAGAGCGCAAGGAGGAAAUUCCCGAUUACAUGCCACCUCUGGUCUCCUUGCAAGAAGAGGAGGAGGAGGAGGAGGAAGAGGAGGGCCUUCCCGCCAUGGGCACCUCGGCCGAAGCCAUGCAGGUGGCCGUAGAGGAGGACGAGGAGGACUUUGACGAGGACGAGACGGCGGCGGCGGCGGCCAAGCCCCCGCAGGCCCAGAGCAAGACGGACGGCGUUCACAAGCUGCCCUUGUCCGUGCUGAGCGAGCGCAUGGGCAAAGAGAACAUCCACGUGCGGCACAACGUGGACGGCAAGGAGCCCGACGGGGGCCCCUUCCUCAAAGCCGCGCCGGACAACGGCGCCAUCGAGGACUCCAUCAGCACCGUCAUCGCCAAGGCGUGUUUGGAGCGCCGGCCCGACCCCUUCGCCUUCUCCUCGGGCUCCGACUCGGACAGCAACGACUUCUCGGGCCCCCGCAGGCUGACCAUCAUGGAGCCGGCCGCGGCCAGGGCCCCGCCGGGCGCCGGCGGCCCGGCCGCCCCCGCGCCGCUCCAGCUGCAGCUGGGCCCGGGCAAGUGGACGCUGGACGACUCCAUCGACGAGGUGAUCCGCAAGGUGCACCAAGGCGGGCCCUCGCCGCGGCCGCCCAACCGCCAGCGCUACGUCUCGUCCGGGUCGGCCUCCCCUCCGACGCCCGAACCCCUGCUCAAGGUGUUCCAGGAGAAAGCCAAGUUGUCGGCGCUGGACGUGAAGAAGAAGCUGAAGAGCAAGCUGAGGAAGAAGGAGAAGCCGCGAGACAAGGAGCGGGAGAAGGACAAGAGCAAGCUCAAGGAGAAGAACAAGGACAAGAGCAAGAGCAAAGACUUGUCCAAGGACGGCAAGGUUCUCUGGAAGGACUUUGGACUGAAGGAGGACCAACUCUUGGCCCAGCGGGACUUUGCGCCGCCCGAGGGCGCCGUCGUCAAGCUCAAAACCAGGGACGGCGAGGGUGCCGGCGGCGGCGGCGGCGGCCCCAAAAAAGACAAGGACAAGCACAAAGACAAAAAGAAGGACAGGGAAAAAGGCAAGAAGGAGAAGGAGAAGAAAGACAAAGGCAAAGACAGGAGCAGGGACGAGCGGCACAAGCAAGGCCCCCUGGCCCCCGUGGUGGCCCUGGGGGAGCUCCCCGCCCUCUUCGGUCCCUCCUCCUGCCAGCGCCUGCCCCCCGUCACGCCCGCCUUGAUGCCGGCGCUCCAGGACGCCAAGAGCAAGGAGAAGGACAAGAAGAAAGACAAGAAGGAGAAGAAGAAAAAGAAGGAGCGGGAGAGGGCCAAGGAGAAGGAGGAGAAGAGGAAAGAAAAGGAGCGCGACAAGGACAAACGGGAGAAGGAGAAAGACAAGGAGAGACUCCGAUUGGAGAAGGUGAAGGCGGCGGACGCUCCGGUGGUGGCUCCCUCUCCUGUCAUUCCCAGAUUGACGCUGCGCGUGGGAGGCCAGGACAAAAUCGUGAUCAGCAAGGUGCUUCCGAACUCCGAAGCGAAGCCCGCCGCCGCGCCCUCGCCGUCGCCCUCGCUGCUGUCGGCGGCCCCGCCGCCGCCCCCCGCCUCCUCCUUCAAGAUGCCCGUUCGCAGCGUGGUCACCGAGACGGUCAGCACCUACGUGAUUCGAGACGAAAGCGGAAAUCAGAUCUGGAUCUGUCCUGGAUGCGACAAGCCCGACGACGGCAGCCCCAUGAUCGGAUGCGACGACUGCGACGACUGGUAUCACUGGGUUUGUGUGGGAAUUGUGGCGGCGCCUCCCGCAGACCAGCAGUGGUUUUGUGUCAAAUGUUCCAGCAAGAAGAAGGACAAAAAACACAAGAAGAAGAAACACAAACCGCAUUAAGCGCAACGAGACACAUUUUUUGUUGCGUGCGUGCGUGCGUCGGGCAUAUUUUGGGGACGGAACUCGAAAGCCGUUGGGCACUGCGAAAAGUUUCAAAACAACAACAAGAAAAAGGAGGAUUUUUCAUGACGUUAGCCGGCAUGACGUGGGAGGUUGGGGCGGGCUGAAAGAAAAAAAAAAAAAAAUGCCAUUUGAGCCCAGCGCAUCAGGAGCCUGGCAAUCGUCUCAACCAAAAUUCUCUUUUGCUAUCUUUGCUUUCGGUGUACAAAAUGAUGCCCCGCCCCCUUUUCCCACUGCUCCCA